AUGCCCGACCAGCCACACCCCUACUUCCCCCCCGACGCUGUCGUGCGGGGGUACACGCCUAAUGAGACACCCCUGGUUCUCAUUCUAGCCUCCUUUGGCGGGCUCAUAGGCGCUUUUGUUUUUGGAUCUGUGAUGCUGGCGAAAUGGUACAGUCCGACACUUAAGCAGGGGGACCAGCUGGUUGUUGCUUGGUUUGCGUUGUGCGGCUUCCUCCACCUCUUCUUCGAGGGCUACUACGUCCUGAACCACACCACUCUGUCCGCGUCCCAAUCUCUCUUUGCCCAGCUAUGGAAGGAAUACGCCCUCUCCGACUCGCGCUACAUGUCCUCCGACCCGUUCAUGCUCUGCAUCGAGGGUCUUACCGUCCUGAUAUGGGCCCCCCUCUCCUUCACCACCGCCCUCCUAACCGCCCGCAACCGUGCCUCCGAGCAAGGCUGGCGGCAUCUCGCGCAGGCGACAGUGUGUGUCGGACAUCUGUACGGCGUGGCGCUGUACUAUGGGACGUGUGGACUGGCUGAGCGGUUGCGGGGCACGGUGUUUUCGCGCCCGGAGACGCUGUAUUAUUGGGGGUAUUACGCGGGUAUGAAUGCGCCGUGGGCUGUUGUUCCUUGGUUGCUGCUGUGGCAGAGUGGAAAGGCGAUUCAGACAGCGUUUAGACAGGCUGCAGAGGCGGAAAAGGGGAAGAAGGGGAGGUAG